AUGGCACCUCCUAUCAAGUCACGUAAUCGAAGAUCAUCAUCAUCUUCUUCUUACACAUCAACCUUAACAACAUUAGUUUUCAUUGCACUAGGUGUCUUAGGUGUAUGGAUGCUAACUUCAAACUCGGUUGUUUCGCCUAAGACGCGUUCGGCCGUUGAUACUUCCACCACCAAUGAUUUUUCUUCCGAUGAUCAAACCACCACGGCCAACAACAAUGACAAUGAUAAUUCGGGUGAUUUGGCAGCUGAAAGUAGAAUCAACGCCAAGUAUAAUUUAGAUGAUUCAACAUCUGAAAGCUCAACCAACGCUAACAAUAAUAUUGGUGAUUCAAUAGCAGAAACUACAAACAACGAUUUGAUAUCAGCGUCUGAAAGUAGCACAAAGAACCCAGAUCGAAAGGAUACUACUACUGUGUUUGGAGACAAUCCAGGUAAUCUACCCGAUGAUGCUAUCAAAAAUGAUGAUGCAAACAAUGCUGGUAAUACAAACAACAAUGAACAGCCGAAACAAUCGUUCGCUCAAAAUAAGGAGCCGAGAAAUUCAAACAAUGAUCAGAAAAACGUUGUGUUGGAGAAAGAUGAAGUGAAUGCAAAGGGUGAUCGGCAACAAGAAGCUCAGGAUGAAGCGAAUGAACAACAGUUAAAGGAAGACAAAGGCGAAAGCGAGGUCAAAAUGUCCAAAGUGGACGAACCAAAAGAACAAGAAAACGAGAAGCCGAAACAGGAGAGGAAGAGGAGGAAGUCGAGGAAGGAAUUGAAGAAACAAUGGUCGACACAAGCAGACGAGUCUCGAGGUGAAAAGGAGAGACAAAACGUCGAUGAACCGAGUGGAAGUAGUAGUAAUGUUGUUAUUGAUCAAGAAGGGAAAGAUUUUAAGUGGAGUAUAUGCAAUGUAACAUCUGGAGCUGAUUAUAUUCCAUGUUUGGAUAAUGAAAAGUAUCUAAAGACAUCACAUAGAAAACACUUUGAACAUAGAGAGAGGCAUUGCCCUGAGGAUGCACCAACUUGUCUGGUCUCACUUCCUCAAGGAUACAAAAUACAUGUUCCAUGGCCUGGUAGUAGAGAUAAGAUAUGGUACCACAAUGUACCACAUGUUAAGCUAGCUGAAGUAAAAGGACACCAAAAUUGGGUGAAGUUGAUGGGUGAGUUCUUGACAUUCCCUGGAGGUGGCACUCAGUUCAUUCAUGGUGCUCUCCACUAUAUUGAUUUUCUUCAACAGGCACAACCAGACAUUGCAUGGGGGAAGCAUACAAGGGUGAUAUUGGAUGUUGG